UAACAAUCAGCAACUCAACUUUAGACUUUAAUUUUAUCUGGUUCGGUUGUACCAAUUAAAUAAACGACGAGCACGCAUUGCUGUUCAUUCAUUCUUCACUUAGUGCCAUUUCUAAUCGGCGGCGGUAAUACGUCAGUAAAAAAAUUUGGGUCGUUCGUCCUGCCGAGACGUGCACGAGUUAUUAAUUCGUACCGGCUCACGCCACAUACUGCCUGCACCCGUUUUAGAGGACAAAAGAAAUGGCCAGUAACAACAGCAAACGAUUAUUUAAAUUCGUGUCGGAACACAUUACACAUUCCUCCAGAAAUUAUGGAACUGCUAAACGGGUGGUGGCAGCCAAACCUGUUGUGGAGAUGGAUGGAGAUGAGAUGACCAGAAUUAUUUGGGCUAUGAUCAAAGAAAAGCUUAUAUUUCCCUAUGUGAAGCUGGACUGCCUGUACUACGACCUGGGGCUGCCGCACCGCGACGCCACCGACGACCAGGUGACCGUGGACGCCGCCCACGCCAUCCUCAAGCACAACGUCGGGAUCAAGUGCGCCACCAUCACCCCUGAUGAACAGAGAGUUGAAGAGUUCAAGCUUAAGAAGAUGUGGCUGAGCCCGAACGGCACGAUCCGUAACAUCCUGGGCGGCACGGUGUUCCGCGAGCCCAUCCUGUGCGCCAGCAUCCCGCGCCUGGUGCCCGGCUGGACCAAGCCCAUCGUCAUCGGGCGCCACGCGCACGGCGACCAGUACAAGGCCCAGGACUUUGUGGUGCCCAAACCUGGAAAGGUGGAAUUGGUGUACACUACGGCCGACGGCACGGUAGACAGGCGCCUGCUGUUCGACUUCAAGGUGCCCGGGGUCGCGCUCGGCAUGUACAACACCGACGAAUCCAUUCGCGCGUUCGCACAUUCCAGCUUUCAGGUGGCGCUACAAAAGAAAUGGCCGCUGUAUUUGUCUACUAAGAACACAAUUCUCAAGCGAUAUGACGGUCGUUUUAAGGACAUUUUCGAAGAGGUCUACCAGAGCGACUAUAAGAAGCAGUUCGAAGAGGCCAAGAUCUGGUACGAGCACCGGCUGAUCGACGACAUGGUGGCGCAGGUCGUCAAGAGCAGCGGCGGCUUUGUGUGGGCCUGCAAGAACUACGACGGCGACGUGCAGUCCGACAUCGUCGCACAGGGCUACGGAUCCCUGGGCAUGAUGACGUCAGUGUUGAUGUGCCCCGACGGCAAGACGGUGGAGUCGGAGGCGGCGCACGGCACGGUGACGCGCCACUACCGCAUGCACCAGCAGGGCAAGCCCACCUCCACCAACCCCGUGGCCUCCAUCUACGCGUGGACCCGAGGGCUCAUCCACCGCGCCAAGCUCGACAACACGCCCGAUUUGGCCAAAUUCGCGCUCUCUCUGGAAGAGGCUUGCGUGGAGUGCAUCGACAGUGGCAAGAUGACUAAGGACCUGGUGAUUUGUAUCCACGGCAUGGACAACACCAAGGAGGGUAUGUUCUUGCACACUGAAGACUUCCUGCUAGCUAUCGCCGACCAGCUGGAGCGCAAGCUUUCUAAGUAAACGAGCACCUCGUUUCCAUUCUCGAGGAAACUUACAAUCAUUAUCUAUUUCAAGGGCCAGAAAUAGGCUUACUACGCCUUUCUGUACAUGUUUGUUAAGGAGUUGGAAGACUUUUUGCGAAGCCAAAGCGUACGCAGCUUAUUCUACUUAGAAAUGAGACUGAUUGUAUUUCCAGGGGUUUUUAACAGUCCAGUUUAUAUAUUUUUAGUUACUAGGUACUUAUAUUUAUGAAAGUGCUACAAUUUUUUCUAAAUGCAUUGCUACUUUUGAUAACAAUGAGAUUUUAUUAGGUUUAUUCGAUAUUUUAGAAAUUAAGUAUAUCCAGUGAUUUAAUGUAGCUGCAUAGCAGUAAACAUUAGUAAGCAUGUCCAAUGGCAACAUUGUUAUGUACGUGUAUAUUACUCGUAAUUCGUAUGUGAAUGUUUGAUCUUGAGCUCAAAACGUAGUUAAUGUCUACCUUACGGAAUAAUUGAUAAGGUCCUAAAAGGAAAGUGUGCCACAAAGUACCACAGACGCUGGACAAAAAAUUGGAUAGAAAUAAAAUCAUUUAAGAUCAAAAGUAGCCAAGUCAGUAUUAAAAUAAAUCUUUAUAAUUUUCGAUAAUAAACUCGCAAAGUGCCUUAUUAGUUUAAAAAUAAAAAAUAUUAUGUUUACUUGUACAAAUCUUUGCAUGUAGCAACUUAUGUAUUAGAUAUGAACCAUAUUUAAAGUAUCAGCGCCUGCAAACGGCAUAAAAUAUAUGUGUGACCGCAUUCUAAAAAUGGUUUAUUUCUACGCUGAUGAGUUUUUAUACUUACAAGGAUAAUUCAAGCAGACUACUUAAAAUAAUUUUAUUAGUAAUUCUUUUUGUUGUAUCUCCAAUCAUGAAUUAAUUAAAUAUACAUAUAUUUCUA